GAUGCAGCUUUAUAAGCACCAUUCUCCGUGUAUCGCAAGCACCUCUUUACAGAAAGAAAACAUGGUGGGCAUUUCUUGUGAACAGGAAUCUUGGGUUUCUUCAACAAACCUAAACCAGCAAAAGAAUGGAAUGAAAAGCCUGGAUCAAGAUGAUGUUUUCUACCAAGAAACUGAUGAAAUAUGGCAGAAAGUGAAUCAAGGCACCAUCAACAACAGCAGCAGCACCUUCAGCUCCAAAAGUAGGAGCAACAGCAAGAAAAAGAAGAAUCAGGUGCUGCUAGAAAGGUAUGUGGAUGUAGCUAAUACUAAUGGGGAUGAUUUGAAGAGGAGUAAGAGCUUGACGGAUGAUGAUCUUGAUGAGCUUAAAGGCUGCUUGGAUCUUGGGUUUGGUUUCAGCUAUGAUGAGAUCCCUGAGCUCUGUAACACCUUGCCAGCUCUUGAGCUUUGUUAUUCCAUGAGUCAGAAGUUUCUUGAUGAGCACCAUAAGUCUCCUGGGAGAAGCUCUCCUACUACUGCUGAGACUGCAUCUAAUCCUAUUGCUAACUGGAAGAUCUCUACUCCUGGUGACCAUCCGGAAGAUGUUAAAGCAAGGCUCAAAUUUUGGGCACAGGCUGUGGCUUGCACUGUUAAAUUGUGCAGCUGAAGGGCAUUUAAGAAUUGAAUGAUGAUUCAUUUGACAUAAGAAAAGGGAUUCACGUUUUCUCAGCAAUGGAAAAUCAAAAGCUUGGAAUUUCAUGGAAUGCCUGUGCUCCAUUCCAUUGCUACGACUUGCAGGAAUCAAAGUUCUUGGACUUUUUUAGCUGGGAAUGGACCUUCAUUCGGCAUUAUAGUAGGAGAGAAGAUACAUGCUUCAGGUUUGAGAUUUAACCGAAUACUCUGAUGAGUUUGACUUAAUACAGCAGAGACUAUGACCAUGAUUAUUGUAUUCGGUGCAUUAAAAAUAAGCCGUUUUAAGAAUGAAAUUAUUUUUUCCUCAUAUGAUUUAUAUUAUUCCUAGUUUGUGCUUGAUAUGGCUUUGAAUGCGUCCCAACCUGAGCCGUUGGUUUGUAUGCAGUGGUCAUAACCUCCAAUAGAGCCUUCACCCACUACCUGCUGACCUCUGCAUUUGCUGAGGUAACUAAUCUAACUGCAUUAAACAGGUAUUUAGUUUUUCACCAUUGUUGAUGCUUGAAUGGGAUGGCGCCCUGAUACUAACAAUAUGUGUCUGCUAACUACUGACUUGUGAUAAUCCAUCCUGUGGAUAGAUGAACUACCCCAUUUGGCUGGUGUAGUGAAGGCUGCUGGAGAGAAGUUGGGGAGAAGUCAAGACAAAGAAUUGCAAAUUUGUAUCUCUAGUCAUCAACCCUUAACCUGAUCAUCUUCUUUAUAUUUCAUAUAUUGUCUCCAAGUUUCUGGAUUAAAUGAUUGUUUAAUCACUGUUUAUGCAAGAAAAGGUUUAUGUCCACAUUCAAAGAA